AUGAAGAGGUCGGUCAAGGUGUACCAUUCAGGCACAAGCACAUUCCCUCGAGUGAGUCGGAUCCAGCAUGACGAGCUUGAUCUAGCAACGGAUGCGUGCUCAUCGUCUGGGAUGCCAGGAAAGUGGCAUCGACUACAUCCAUUCAUAACCAUAGAAAUAUUCUCAAUGCCAAAAAGCAUGUUCAGAAACACUGUAUUCAACACAAUAGACAUAUAUUCAGUAUGCAAGGACGGCGUUGUAUUCUUCAAUCGAUCUCCGAUCCCAUGGCCCUCAGAUACACAGGUUCCAUGGGACACAUACAGAAAACAGCUUGUUGAGUAUAUCUCCCACACCCUCAGCCAAUUCAUGGCUUCUGCAUCCAGGUGUGAUACGAAGUAUGCAUUCUACAUGAAAUGCAACAUGAUCAACUACCACAUAAAGACCAAACAUCCUGAAAUAAAAACCCUCAGGAAAGAAGCACAAAUAGCCAGAGAAAUACAAGCAGCUUCUACUCAGGAAAUCAGAAACGGCAGUAUGGACCGCAUCGUACAAGCACUGAUGUCUUACAGCGACCCAGAAUCUAGAAUCGUAUUCAUUUUGGACAUCCUAGACUCAAUCACACUCAGAACAGCUAGAAAAGCAAUAAAGUUUAUUGGAAAGGCAGAAAGAUACCAUGCUGCACUCUUGCAUUACAGAAUGCAUCAAAAGGCACUUGGUGCAGCACAGCAUCGAUAUGCAUUUCUAUAUCUAAUUGCUGCAUCAAGGCUCCUAAAGCAAGGUGCAAACUUUGAUCUUGAGCAGUCCAUGAUGGCAAGAGCAUUCGAGUGCAUAAGUGAGCCCAACUGGAUAUCCGUCAUGAAAGGCAUUGCUUCAAAAGUGCAUAUGAGUGACUCGCUGAUAUAUGGUGAGAACCCAUACAGACUGCGCUUUGUAGAUCAACCAGCAUUCUGCAUAAAAACAGUCGAAUUGCAAAAAUCUAGGAUUUACAAAUGCACUGGCAGCAAUGUUGUAUUUAAUGCUGAUUGCACAGACACAUGCUUUACGGAUGCAUUCGAGCUUAAAAUUGUUUUCUGCAAGCACACAUCGGUAAGCAUGCACGGUAUCGUUGCUAGAGAAGCAAAUGCCUCCGAAAGCAUUUUCAUUCCUGUGCAUACACAGCUCAACGGGUAUUGUGCAACCGUACCAGUGCUUUAUUCUUGUGCAUCACAUAUAGAUCUGCAGCACCAGGAGAUCGAUGAACUCAAAAUCAAAUUGAUUGGCUUGGUAUUCUCCGGAAGCCCAUGCAUUCCAAUAGACCUGGAUGUUGUGUGGAUUCGACGAAAAAGUACACUGUCAAUCCAGGACAUCGAGUACUGUGGCACACACAAUGACGAGAAUGUAUAUAUCAAGCUAUUGCUCUCAAACCCACACAACUUCCAGUCAAAUGUCAUAGGCAUAGGCACUGGUGACAUGGCCAGAUCAGGUAACACAUUCAUGAUUUCGUUCAAAGCAUCGCUUAGCCAAGAUAGAGUAUAUACGAUGCAUCAUGAAAUUGCUAGCAAUGUGUUCGAGUCGAUUCACCUACAAUACUAG